CGGACGUUGAUGACUGCCGUGAUGCAGUCAAUGUCGCACUGCUACGGACUGCGGCCAAGUUCCGUCUCCUUACGUGACGGUUACAGACCUGCCAAUGACGCCGAGCAAGAACGACUCGCUUUUCAGUUACGUGACUUUUUAGUCGACGGUCCCCUCAUGGACCAUGGUGACUAUUACCCAACGUGCGAUUGGCGGACUACGUGCUCGCAAUGUGGAGUUUGCCUUGAAACGUCUGCCCAACGGUUCGCCUUACGUUGGUGGUUGCAUCGUAAUCGAGUUCAUCAAAGGCCACACGAUUCGCGACGCCAAUGUCCAGCUCAAGUUCAGCAUCGACUUUGACCAAGAGCAUUGGACGUCAUUGGGUACCCUCCUGACGAUCUCAUUCAUCCUUCGAGGCAUGUUUUUGCGCCCGUGGCGGGACGUCCUCAACUCGGGAGACUUUACGUUGCGGCCAGAGUGCGAAGAGUGGCAGGUCGUCGUCGAUGUGAGCCCUUGGGUGCGCGCGGGUGCUGCAAACUCACCUCUAUCGACAUACGUCGCGAGUCGUUUGCUCAAGGAACUUGCCACGUCCGCCUGCCUGCAGCCUUGCUACGUUUCCAUGAAGUCAAACAGACGAGGAUGGAUCGAGGCCGCCAAGAAGAGCGGCAUGAAGGCCGACGAUCUUCAAGCCUACGUCGCUCACGUUAUUGGCUCUACCGUCACACGCGACUACCUGCCCGAUCACUCUCGGAUGAACUCAACGGCGAUCUGGUCAGCGACGGCAACGUGUACCAGGAAAGCCCCUCGUCUUUGUGGAACACACGUGGCAGCGCGCCGUGCCCGCCCAUAUCCACCGAAGAGCUGGAGAAGAUCUACGCCGCCGACGAGGAAUGGAUGGACGCUCAUAACAUGCUGGCCGACCGUGAAAUCGUCGGUGACGACCGGAAGCAGCUUAUGGCUGAUCGUGAACGUAGGCGCAUGUUUCUCAAACGUCAGGCCGAAGAACGUCAUGAGGAUCUUUACUGGGCAGGCCAAAGGCUCAUUCCUCCGGCCGAGCGCGUCACUAUGCCUCCGGUCGACACGUCCUCGCUGUUCGACGUCGUAUUUGAGGUGCUCGCAGCGUUCGACGUCACCGAAAAUGGCAUUUGGUGGAACGUACCGGCUGGGACGUCAGCUGGUCCUACUACACUCAAGGUCACCGCACGGACAAUCGGGGGCUACGUUGCUGCCGAUUGUGAGUUCAGCGUACUGCUCCCUAUCGCCCCCAAUGUCGAAUCCGGGAUCGAAUUGGGGAUCUACGGCCAAGACGUGAGGUGCAAGAACCCGUGGGGUUUGGCCUGCCCAUUCCCUGCACGUGACACAUCAGCUGGCAACGUACACUGUUGGCACAGCCCACCGGCACCAAAGUUCGUUCGUGAUGGUGAG